AUGCCUCACUUUCCUGAUCUCGACAAUCCUUGCCACGAUACCACCCUCUUAUCGAAGGCGUACAAGCGGAUCGACGUCGACGACCCGAUGAUCCUCGCACCAAGGUUCAAUUCGUCGAGUAAUGCCAUGACGAGCGGUACCUUCUUCGUAGUCCUUCUUGGUGUAUUUUCGGGCCUACAACCUCGAGUUUCUCACAGUCUUUCCCUCCUGAAACCGUCACUUCAUGUACCCAUCAGACCCAGCGCGAUUCGCGAAGCUCAUCUCCCGUUCUUCCUAAAUCACUCACCCACCAACUCCGAAUCGCCCACCGCGGCCGUUUGUCACGCAAACCGUUCGCCGAUUCUCCGCCCCUCUCCUGACCGUACGGCCUUCGGUGGUCAGUCUCAGUCUCUUCUCAACCUCUCCGACCGAUCCCGCUGGUUAAUCCCGACGUCCAGCGGCAGCAUAUCCAGAUUCCAAAAGGAGAUGAUCUUCAUCGUCCGCGGCGGUCGUCGGGCAUGUUCUUCUUCUCUCGACGACACUGGUUCUUCUUUUCUCGAGGCCGCUCGUUCUCAUUCUGUUCUCCUAUGUAUUGCGCAGUCCACGCACCUUCUAGCUGCCUAG